UCCAAGGGUCCGCGUGGGUGGCGGGCUGAGCGGCGCGGGCGCCCGCGGGGGGCGGCGGGCGGGCGGCAUGCGCUUUGAGGAGCUGCUGGAGGAGGCGGGGGGCUUCGGCCCCUUCCAGCUGAGGAACCUGGCCCUGCUGGCCCUGCCCCGCGUGCUGCUCCCCCUGCACUUCCUGCUGCCCGUCUUCCUGGCUGCCGUCCCUGCCCACCGCUGCGCGCUGCCCGCCGCCCCGGCCAACCUCAGCCGCCCGGACGCGUGGCUGGAGGCCCGCCUGCCCCGGGAGCCCGACGGCGCGUUCAGCGCCUGCCUCCAGUUCGCCUCCCCCCGGCUUCUCCCCAACACCACCCUGGGGAGGGGGACGCCGGGCCCCGGGGAGCGGGGGAGCCAGCCCCCCACGGUGCCCUGCGCCCGGGGCUGGGAGUACGACCGCUCGGAAUUCUCCUCCACCAUCGCAACCGAGUGGGAUCUGGUCUGUGAGCGGAAAGGCCUCAGCCAAGUGACGUCCACCUGCUUCUUCGUGGGCGUGCUGCUGGGGGCCGUGCUCUUCGGCUAUCUGUCUGACAGGUUUGGGCGGCGCCGGCUGCUGCUGGCGGCCUACGCGAGCUCCCUGCUGCUGAGCCUGGCGUCGGCCGCUUCCGUCAGCUUCGCCAUGUUCGUCAUCACCCGCACCCUCACCGGCUCAGCCCUGGCGGGGUUCACCAUCAUCGUGCUGCCCCUGGAGCUGGAGUGGCUGGACGUGGAGCACCGCGUGGUGGCGGGCGUGCUGAGCAGCAUCUUCUGGACAGUAGGCGUGCUGCUGCUGGCUCUGGUCGGGUACCUGAUCCGGGACUGGCGGUGGCUUCUGCUGGCUGCCACGCUGCCCUGCGUCCCGGGCAUCCUCAGCAUCCGGUGGGUGCCCGAGUCUGCGCGCUGGCUUCUGACCCAGGGCCGCGUGGAGGAGGCCCGAGGGUACUUGCUCCGCUGUGCCAGUCUCAAUGGCAAAUCAGUGGCCUCGGAGAGCCUGAGCCAGGAGGCCCUGGACAAAGUGGCCGACAGGGAGCGGGGGGCCCCCAGGCCCUCGUACCUAGACCUGUUCCGGACAUCCCGGCUGCGACACAUCUCGCUGUGCUGCGCGGCGGUGUGGUUCGGAGUGAACUUCUCCUACUACGGCCUGACUCUGGACUUGUCGGGGCUGGGGCUGGACGUGUACCGGACGCAGCUGCUGUUCGGGGCGAUGGAGGUGCCCUCCAAGCUCCUGGUCUACCUGUGCGUGAGCCGCGUGGGGCGCCGCCCCACGCAGUCCGGGAUGCUGCUGGGCGCCGCGCUGACCUUCGGCAUCCGGCUGCUGGUGUCCAAGGAGAGCAGGGCCUGGACCACCGCCCUGGCCAUCUUAGGGAAAGCGUUUUCGGAAGCCGCCUUCACCACCGCCUACCUCUUCACGUCGGAGCUGUACCCCACUGUGCUCAGACAGACAGGGCUGGGGCUGUGCGCACUGGUGGGCAGGCUGGGGGCCUCUUUGGCCCCAGUGGCGGCAUUGCUGGAUGUAGUAUGGUUGCCGCUGCCCAAGCUGACCUAUGGGGGCAUUGCCCUGCUGGCUGGCUGCGUUGCCGUCCUGCUGCCAGAGACAAGGAAGGCCCAACUGCCAGAGACCAUCCAGGAUGUGGAGAAAAUGAGUAACUCCCGCAGCCGUCAGGAGGGAGAGAUGCAGUCUGGACGGAAUGGAGCUGAGGAGAGCUGUGCACAGAGGUUCUGAAGCAGGAGUGGAGAGCGCAGGGGCAGGCCCUUGUGACUGGGGGUGGGGUGCCCACAGGACCUCUCUGCCUAGAGCUGAAGGUUGAAGGUUGCUAUGUGUCCUCUGCCUACGUUCAUCCAGCCUUCACCAUUAGGCCUCCAACAGUCGGACAACCUCCCAGAACAUAGUGAGCUGCUGGAGAUUCUGAGCUUGGCUGGGGGGAUUCUGUAAAUCUUUUCUGGAAGGCACCUUUCUAUAAAUAAAUGCUUCCCGGGUUGGA